AGCAGCAGCAGCAGCACCACCACCACCAAGAACGACAGCAAAGUCACGAAACAGAAUCAAAACCGAGCACAUCGACACCGAAACCACAUCACCACCAACCCCUCCGAAAGCCCGCAAAACCCGUAAACCAGCACGCACAAUCCGCGGCACGUCCCCCUCCUCUACCUCAGCACGCGUCGAACCCCCAACAGACUGGUUGCAAAUCUACAAUACAGUCAAGGACAUGCGCCUCCACGGCGCCGCGCGCAACGCUGCCGUCGAUACAAUGGGCUGCGAACGCCUCUUCCACCCCGAGGCCUCGGAACGCGACCGGCGCUUCCAUAUCUUGAUUGCGCUCAUGCUCUCGAGCCAGACGAAAGAUACGGUCAACGCGGUGGCGAUGAAGAGGUUGAUGACGGAGCUGCCGCCGCACGAGGAGGGCGCAGAGGGCGGUUUGUGUUUGGAGAAUGUGUUGGCUGUGGAACCUGCGCUGUUGAAUGAGUUGAUUUGGGCGGUGGGGUUUCAUAAUAAUAAGACAAAAUUUAUCAAAGCAGCAGCCAUCGUCCUCCGCGACAAAUUCAACAGCGACAUCCCCGACACGAUCGAAGGCCUCACCUCCCUACCCGGCGUAGGCCCCAAGAUGGCCUACCUCUGCCUCUCCGCGGCCUGGGACCGCACCGAGGGCAUCGGUGUGGACGUGCACGUGCACCGCAUCACGAACCUCUGGGGCUGGCACAAGACGACGCAGCCCGAGGCGACGCGGCACGCGCUGCAGAGCUGGCUGCCCAAGGACAAGUGGCGAGAGAUCAACUGGCUACUCGUCGGGUUCGGGCAGACGGUCUGCUUGCCUGUCGGGCGCAAGUGCGGCGACUGCGAGCUCGGGCUAGGCGGGUUGUGUAAGGCGGCGGAGAGGAAGAAGGUGAAUGAGGGGCGUAGGAUGAGGGAGGUCAAGGUUGAGGUGAAGGAGGAGAAUCAUGGAGACGUAGUCGUCAAGACGGAAGAGGUUGUCAAGGACGAGCAAGUCAUUCGUGAUGCGGUUGUGAAUCAAGAGACAGGGCAGUCGGAGCCGGCAUCGGAGCCGGCGGUUGGUGAUGCACCGGAUGCAGCCGUGAGUACGGAUGCACCGCGAAGAAGCCGCAGGAGCGGUCCAUCUCGAUGACAGCUAGAGCAAGAUAACGAAGUUAAUGUACAACACUUGUCGUAAAUGAAGCCAUUGGCCCAUAUCGUCAUAACCACCAGUUGUGCGGUGUCCGUACGGAGACGGGAAUGUGCACAAUCAACGCUGGGGCGGAUAUCCCAGAAAUGACGUGCGGUCCGCCGGCAACGACAAAUCGACCACGCGACCAGUGAACCAGCGGAAUGACCGGGGUCCUACCUGUCUCGUUCUCGGGGGUCGGUGGAGAAGCGGGGGACCCGAACAGACUCGGAGGAAUUCCGAAUUUCGAUGUUUGCCUGCGGAAAGGGCAGUUGAAGAGUCAUUGCCGUGCCUGCCGGUCACUCCCGACACUGUGUGUAGAUAUCGGAGAUAGGCCGGGAUA